AUGAAUAAUAACAAUUCAUGUGAUGAAAGAAGAAUAAUAAAACUUUCUGAAGAGGAUAUAAAUAGAAUAGCAGCAGGGGAAGUUAUAAUUAGACCUUGUAAUGCUUUAAAAGAAUUGAUUGAGAAUAGUCUUGAUGCGAAUUCAACUAAUAUAAGUGUUCAUUUAAAUAAAGGGGGAUUGAAAUCAUUGCAAAUCAUUGAUGAUGGGGAUGGUAUACAUAAAGACGAUUUACAAAUUGUGUGUGAAAGAUUUACAACAAGUAAAAUAACAAAUCAUAAAGAUAUAAGAACUAUUAAAACAUUUGGAUUUAGAGGAGAAGCUCUAGCUUCUAUAUCUCAUGUUUCAUAUUUAACUAUUACAACAAAAAAAAAAAAUUCAUCUUUUUGUUAUACUUGUACUUAUAAAGAUGGAAAACCAACGCAAAAAGAACCUACUGUCUGUUCAGGUAAAAAUGGAACAAUAAUAAGAUUUGAUGAUAUUUUUUAUAACAUGCCAGCAAGAUUAAAAACAAUGAAUCAUAAUGAAGAAUAUAAUAAAUGCUUAGAGGUUUUACAAAAAUAUGCUAUUCAUUAUCCAAAUGUUUCUUUUACUUGUAAGAAGUGGCUUAGUAAUACAGUUGAUUUGAAUACACAAAAUUGUGGGAAGGGUAUAGGAGGUUUAGGAGGAAUUUAUGUUAUAAAAAAAAAAAGAAAAGAAUUGUUUGAUGAUGUUUUUAAAAAUACAGAUGAGAGCAACAAAAAUGAAGUGGUAAAUGAAAAUGAAGAAUAUAAUAAAGAUAAUGAAAAUAACUAUAUUGAAGAUUACACUGAAACUGAAAAAAAAAUUUUAGAAGAAGAAAAAAAUUUAGAUGAUAAUUAUGAAAAGUAUCUAAAUAAUGUGAAGUUAGUAAUACAAAAAAUAUAUGGUAGAAAUAUUUCUAAAGAAUUAAGUAGCAUAUUCAUAAAAGAAAAAAUUCCUACAUUUUUUAAAUGCUAUGGUUUAAUUAGCAAUCCUACAUAUAACGGGAAAAAAGGAUCCUAUAUUUUUUUUAUAAACGAUAGAUUAAUUGAAUCUAAUAUAAUAAAAAGGUCGUGUGAAAACCAAUAUUCUAAUUUUUUGGCAAAAGGAAAUUACCCUUGGAUAUAUUUAUCUAUAAGAUUAAAAUAUGAUAUUGUUGAUAUCAAUGUACAUCCAACUAAAAAAGAAGUUCAUUUUUUAUAUCAAGAAGAAAUAGCAAUGUUAAUAUCUAAAAAAAUUGAACAUUUUUUAAAAAAUUUUCAGAAUAUGAGAAACUUUAAUGUUUCUGCUGCUAAAUUAAUGCAAACAAAAUUUGAAAUAAAUUCUACGAAAUUAGAGGUAAAAAAAGAAGAAAAUGAUACUAUGUCAAUAAAUGAUAAUAAACAUAUAAAAAAACAAAUAGAUACCAAAAGGGUAAGAACAGAUCACAAACAAAUAACUUUAACGAAUUACUUUGUAAAAAAACAAGAAAAUAAGGAAGACAAAUCACUAGUAUUAUUUGAAGAUAAUGAAUAUGAAAUAUUAAAGUUAGAUGCUCCUAAGGCUGCUUUAUUUAAUUCUAAUAAAGAGAAACAUAUUAGUAAUUUAACAUAUAAUAGAAGAUAUCCUUCUGAGAGUGACGAAAUUUCUAGUAUUAAAAAAUUGAAGAAAAUAUGUGAAGAAAAGGAAAAAAAAGAGUUAACAGAAUGUUUAAAAAAAUCUAUUUAUGUAGGGCCUGUAGAUAAUAUGCAUAGUUUAAUUCAAUAUCAAGAAAAGCUAUUAUUAAUUAAAAUGCCAUUAAUAAUAAAGGAAAUUACUUAUCAAUCUAUUUUAAAUAGGAUAGGAAAAUUACCUCCUUUUAAAUUUGAUCCACCUAUUCCAUUGUAUGAUCUUCUACUUGUUGCUAUUAAUGAUCCUUAUUCUGGUUAUUUUGAAAAUCCAGAUUAUGCGAAUAAAAGUAUUGAAAGGAUAUGUAAUUAUUUAGAAGAAAAAUUUUAUUCAUAUGAAGAAAUGUAUGCUGAUUAUUUUUCUCUUAUUAUUGAAGAGGGAUGCAUAGUAACAUUUCCUGCUUGUUGUGGAGAAUAUUUUCCAGGACAAGAAUUUUUGCCUCUUUUAUUUUUAAGAUUAGCUACUCAAAUUGAUUAUGAAAAAGAGAUAAAUUGUAUUAAUGGAGUAUGUUAUUUAAUAGCAGAUUUCUAUUCUAAAAUUACUUUAUUAAAUGAUCAAGAAUGGACAUUCCAAGAUGAUUUAAUGAUGAUAAAAGAAAAAGAAAUGAGAAUGUUAUCAAAUAAUUCAAGUGAAAAAAAGGAUGAACAAGCAGAAAAAGAAAACGUAAAUUUUGAUAGCAUAUUAGGAGAUGAAAUGGUUAUAGAUAUUAAUAAACAUUUAUCGGUUUCUAAAAAUAUUAACUUAGUUUUUGAAAAAUAUUUUUUUCCCAUGAUUCAAUUAAAUAAUAUUAUGAAAAUUCCUAAAACUUUUGAAAAUAAUGGAUAUAUAAUAGAAUUGACAUCAUUAAAUCAAUUAUAUAAAAUUUUUGAAAGAUGUUAA